AUGAAACGAAGUUUUGGUAAUUUUUCUGCUGAGACUUCGCUGCUUCCAACCAUGCGAAUCAAAAAGAAGAAAUUAGCAUCCUUGACAUCAUGCACCACGGAACAUCACAUACACCACCAACAACAAACAAACAUUGUACCAAUAUAUCCACACAUUCAUCAUGAUGCAGGAUCAUCAAUCGGUUGGAUAAAUCAACAACAUCAAACAGGCAUUUUGCAAAUAUCAACAACAACGCAAGAUCAAUUUCUCGAGUCCAUUUGUGGCUUUUAUCACUUCAUCAAACCCAAACUAUGUGAAUGUGAUAGCUCUACCGAUUCAAGCAAUAUGUGCUGUUGCACUGCACAAUGUCAAUGGCAUCAGAAAUUCGGAAAGAAGAAAUAUACUCUUUCUAUUUAUAAGAAUGAAACUCUACGAAAUUAUUCGUUUGAAAUCAUUGAAUCGAAUACGGUAAAGGAAGGAAAUACUGAACAAAUAACUGUAAUUGAUGGAUUUGUGGAGAGUGAAUCUUCCAACAAUUCAAGAAAAAUUAUUCUGCAAAUUGAUCGCCAAACAAAUUAUAGAGCUCUUCAUAAUCAAUGUGCUCUGAUGAAGUUUUCCGAGCAAAAAAUAGACUAUAGAUGUGAAGCUAAAUUCUUUCCCAAUUGUAAUAUAUCAAACAUUUCACGUAGAAUGAUUACUUUUGAAAUUAUGAAUUGUAGGCUUUACUUUGGAAUGGUGUAA